UCAAGGACCCGUCCGAUCGGGUCAGCGGACGGUCCAGAUUAGCCGUGACCGCGCUCUCGUGCGUUUGAAAGCGGCCGCGUUCCCAUUCCAAAAAUUCGAAGGGCCGCCACGCUCCCUUUUUACCCCGCCGCCGCCGCCGCCCGAGAACCGGCGCCUCAUCCUCCCGAGCCCCCGACCAUGUCCUCCCGCUCCCCACCGCCGUUCCCGGCCGCGCGGGAGUGGCCCUGCUUCCGGUGCACGUUGAACAAUCCCAUCUGCUCCGACAAAUGCGAGGCAUGCGAGGCCCCGCGCCCCUUGGAGCUCGACGCCGACAGCCCCGUCGUCGUGGCCGCCGCCGCCGCCGCGUUGACCCCGCUUCCGCAGUUGCGUAGGAAGCGGGAGCGCUCUCCCGCGGUUGCGGAUGCCGAGUGCCCGGUGGAGGUCGACGUCGACAGCCCCGUCGGCGCGGUGGCCGCCCCCGCGUCGACACCGCUCCGGCGGUUGCGGAGGAAGGGGGAUCGUGCUCAGGCGGUUGUGGAGGCGGAGCGCCCCGUGGAGGUCGACGCCGAUAGCUCCACCGUCGUGGUCGACGCCUCCGCCUCGCCCCCUCGGCGGUGCGGGAGGAAGAGGGAGCGCGCUCCUGCGGUUGCGGAGGCGGAGCGCCCCGUGGAGGUCGACGCCGAUAGCUCCACCGUCGUGGUCUACGCCUCCGCCUCGCCCCCUCGGCGGUGCGGGAGGAAGAGGGAGCGCGCUCCGGCGGUUGCGGAGGCGGAGCGCCCCGUGGAGGUCGACGCCGAUAGCUCCACCGUCGUGGUCGACGCCUCCGCCUCGCCCCCUCGGCGGUGCGGGAGGAAGAGGGAGCGUACUCCGGCGGUUGCGGAGGCGGAGCGCCCCGUGGAGGUCGACGCCGAUAGCUCCACCGUCGUGGUCGACGCCUCCGACUCGCCCCCUCGGCGGUGCGGGAGGAAGAGGGAACGCGCUGCGUCACCGGAUGUCGUCGAGCUUCGCAAUAGCGCGGGUCGAGCCGCCGGCGGCGGCGAGAAUGGGGAGGGCAAGGCGGCCGCCGCCAAGAAAGCAAGUCUUGGGAUUCAUUUGGAUAAGAAGACCUUCAAAAUCAUGACAUACAAUGUCUGGUUCCGGGAGGAUAUGGAAUUGAGCAGAAGGAUGGAUGCUCUUGGAGAUCUUAUUAAGCACCACAGCCCGGACUUUAUAUGCUUCCAGGAGAUUACACCAUACAUAUAUCUGCUUAUGCAAAAAUCUGAAUGGUGGCAACAAUACAAAUGCUUGUUGUCACAGGAGAUGUCUAUUCUGAAGCCGUAUUACUGCAUGCAGUUGAGCAAAGUGCCAGUUGAGCCAUCUGAAUGUAUCCCAUUUUCUAACUCAAUAAUGGGAAGGGAGCUUUGCAUCGCAAGUGUUAGCGCAGGAGACAUGACGAAGUUGGUGUUAGCCACAACCCACCUAGAGAGCCCAUGCCCUGCACCUCCUAAGUGGGACCAGAUGUAUAGCAAAGAACGUGUAGUUCAGGCAAAGAAAUCCCUGGAAAUUCUGGGACGCUGCCGCAAUGCAAUACUCUGUGGGGACAUGAACUGGGAUGAUAAACGAGACGGCCCCUUUCCUCUGCAGGAUGGGUGGAUUGAUGCUUGGGUUGAGCUGAAGCCCGGAGAAGAUGGCUGGACCUAUGACACGAAGGCCAACAGCAUGCUGUCAGGCAACCGCAAGCUGCAGAAACGAAUGGACCGGUUUCUGUGCAAGCUGGAAGACUUCAAGAUCGAUAACAUUGAGAUGAUUGGGAAGGAGGCGAUACCGGGCAUCUCCUACUUCAAGGAGAAGAAGGUUCGGAAAGAGUGUCGAAAGAUUCAACUGCCUGUCUUCCCUAGCGACCACUUUGGUCUUGUUCUGACCAUCACCAAGCAGGGGGGUGGCAGCUUCUGAACUAUUGUUACGGUGAUUCUGCAGCAUUGAAGGUAGUUCUCAUGUGUAGUAUUUAGGCCUGUCUUUAUGCAUAUGCCCCUCGAUUUUGUGAAUUUUGUGAAGGAGGCAACCAUUUGCUAGACGGACAUGCUAAUGGU